CCAGAAGAAUCUCAGAAGACAGAGGAAGAUCAUGCAGACAAACCACUGCAGACAAAACAAACUCUGCAAAAAGAUGAAUCUCUGCAAUCAAAUAAACUGCCACAAACAGAAGAAUCUCCAAAGACAGAGGAAGAACAUGUAGACAAACCACUGAAGACAAAACAAACUCUGCAAAAAGACGAAUCUCCGAAGACAGAGGAAGAUCAUGUAGACAAACCACUGCAGAUGAAACAAACUCUGCAAAAAGAUGAAUCUCCAAAGACAGAGAAAUGUUUGCAAACAGACAAAUCUCAACAGCCAGACAAAUCUCUAGAGACAGAUGAGCCUCUGCAGACAGAAAAAUCUCCAAAGCCAGAUGAAGAUCAUGUAGACAAACCACUGCAGACAAAAAAAACUCUGCAAAAAGAUGAAUCUCUGCAAACAAAUGAACUGCCACAAACAGAAGAAUUUCCAAAGACAGAGAAAUGUUUGCAAACAGACAAAUCUCAACAGCCAGACAAAUCUCUAGAGACAGAUGAGCCUCUGCAGACAGAAAAAUCUCCAAAGACAGAUGAAGAUCAUGCAGACAAACCACUGCAGACAAAACAAACUCUGCAAAAAGACGAAUCUCCAAAGACAGAGAAAUGUUUGCAAACAGACAAAUCUCAACAGCCAGACAAAUCUCUGGAGAAAGAUGAGCCUCUGCAUAGAGAAGAACCUCCAAAGACAGAUGAAGAUAAUGUAGACAAACCAAUGCAGACAAAACAAACUCUGCAAAAAGAUGAAUCUCUGCAAACAAAUGAACUGCCACAAACAGAAGAAUCUCCAAAGACAGAGAAAUGUUUGCAAACAGACAAAUCUCAACAGCCAGACAAAUCUCUGGAGAAAGAUGAGCCUCUGCAUAGAGAAGAACCUCCAAAGACAGAUGAAGAUAAUGUAGACAAACCAAUGCAGACAAAACAAACUCUGCGAAAAGAUGAAUCUCUGCAAUCAAAUGAACUGCCACAAACAGAAGAAUCUCCAAAGACAGUUGAAGAUCACAUAGACAAACCACUGAAGACAAAACAAACUCUGCAAAAAGACGAAUCUCCGAAGACAGAGGAAGAUCAUGUAGAUAAACCACUGCAGACGAAACAAACUCUGCAAAAAGAUGAAUCUCCAAAGACAGAGAAAUGUUUGCAAACAGACAAAUCUCAACAGCCAGACAAAUCUCUAGAGACAGAUGAGCCUCUGCAGACAGAUGAAUCUCCAAAGACAGAUGAAGAUCAUGUAGACAAACCACUGCAGACAAAACAAACUCUGCAAAAAGAUGAAUCUCUGCAAACAAAUGAACUGCCACAAACAGAAGAAUUUCCAAAGACAGAGGAAAAUCAUGUAGACAAACCACUGCAGACGAAACAAACUCUGCAAAAAGAUGAAUCUCCAAAGACAGAGAAAUGUUUGCAAACAGACAAAUCUCAACAGCCAGACAAAUCUCUGGAGAAAGAUGAGCCUCUGCAGACAGACACUACGGUCUUUGUGAACUAACUUUGUGAACUAGUCCUAGGUUUUUCGCUCAAUCUCGAUCAAACCACUGCAGCAGUUCUCCAGACUCUCUAGAUCAAUAAUUAUCAAAAAAAAAAAAAAAGAAUUUUGUCGUUUGGUUAGCUAUAACGGGGUCAUUUAGAAAAGGGGCGUGACCAAAAAUACCCAAAAGCCUAUUAAAUCUGAGAAUGUGUGUCAGAUGACUCCUAACAAGCAUGCAAAGUUUCGUUAACAUCGGACUUCAGGUGGCUUCAAAAACACAAGCUGUCUAUGGUAAAUGGCCUCAAAUUGCUAAAAAGAAAUGCACAUAUAUUCACACAGACACUAGAUCUUCAUAUCAUAUCAUAGAUCUCCUCAUGAUGAACAACUUUGCUGUCAAUCCAACUGUUCUUUAAAUAUUUGAUAUUAUUAAAAAAACUACUUUUGUAAGCUGCAGCAAAAUUCUCUGGACUCUCUAGAGAAAAAAUGAUCAAUUUUUUUUUUUUAACAUUUGCAUUGAGAUAGCGAAAACAGCACCAUGAUCUACUGUACCCAAAAGUCUAUAAAUCCUAAGACAAAACAAAACUUCACAAACCUAAAUAAAAUCAUCAUCAUAUGAUUCUAAACAAGCAAACAUUUUAUGGACAUCAGGCAAAAAAGGCAAUGUAACAGUUAUAAAGCUUAAAAACAAUGCAUCUCUCUUUAAAAUGCCAUGAAAUUGCAACUAUAACCACUAGAUGGCAGUAGAAGACCACUAAUGCCUCAUUAAAUCUACUAAUGGGUGUGUAUGCUUAAUGUACAUUAAUAUAACAGUUUAACCAUUUAAUUUCUGUGUUUGUAAGUUUGUAUUCUCCAUCAUGGAUGUGUUUUAGUGUGUUAGCCAUAUAUUUUGGGUUGGACUACAUCCUAAAUCCACACAACAUUAAAGGCCUUAUUUGCUCGAACCCCGUAAUCUCUGCUUGCAGCUAUAUUUUUUUUUUUAUCUUUAUAAUCAUUUAUUCAAUUAUUCGUCUGCUUCUUUGGCUAAUAGAAGACAGUUAUUUGUUUUUGGUAUGAUAAAAUACAGAGCCACCUGAUUUUGGAUACCAGACAAGAUUUGGUGUUAAGUGGUUUUGAUUUAGCCUAUCCAAUGUUCAUCUUUUGAUUUUAACAUGAUUUUGCUUCAUAUAUCAUUCACGUUUCACAUUUUUAUUUCUACUGUAUUCAUAACAGUAUAUUUCAUGAUGUUAAUUUACCAUGUUCUUGUAUCAGUUUACAGUAUGCCAUUUAAUCACAUGCAUGUGUUUAUAUUAAGAUAUUUCUAUGUAUGCUAAUAUCUUUAGAGUGCAGACUUGCAUUAAUGAAAGAUAAAUUAACAUAGUACAAAGAAUGUGGACUUAUCUUUCAAAUGGUGUAUAUGUUUAGCUUUCUUCAUGCAUUUCAGAAGACUUCUUGCAUUCUGCAGAGAUCUUACUUCUCAGUCACAUUCUUUCUCAAUACUUUAGACAGACAGGCUACAAUACUAAGUUUGACUUAUUUGAACUUAUUAACACUUUUUGAGUUUGUUCUUAUUUUAUUUUUGAUUAAUUUAUAUGUAUCUUAAUUGCCAUUGUUAGAAUUUAAA